AUGAUAAAAUUUGAUCUCCUAUGUACUGUCAUCCUUGCGUAUUUGAUAGCAGUAGCGCACACUCAAAGCGAUGACUGCCAGGUGUGUACAGAUGCGUUCAGUCCGAUAUUGAUCUGCACCGGCGCUACUGAUAUUUCUCAACUCGAAUAUCUAUCGGAUGAAAUACUCGCACCGUGUGAGUGUAAUCAGGAUUUCAUUAAUGGGUAUGCGAGAUGUCCUUAUUGCUCUUCUUCCGGUGUUUCAGCAUCCAAUUUCAAUGUUAUUCUUUCUAUAUGUCAACAAUACGGUUACUCCGUAAAGAAUCCUAGCAGUACUAAAAACAAUGGCAGCAACUCGGGUAGCACUAAAAACAAUGGCAAAAGUUCGGGUAGCAGCAAAACCUCAUCAUCAACUAGCACCAAUGGCAGCAGUUCGGGUAGCACUAAAAACAAUGGCAGCAGUUCGGGUAGCAGCAAAAAAUCAGCAUCAACUGGUAACAAAGGUGCUAUCAUUGGCAUUAGCAGUGGUUCUGCCAUAGGUUUGACUGCCGCUGCAUUGGGUAUUUAUUGUUUGAAGAUCAAAAAAAGAAACGAGAAAGAAAGACAGGUGCAAGAACAACAGGUGCAAAUUAAUCAAUCGUCAUAA